UCCAAUAGAAAUCCAACGGCGAAGAAUGAUCUAAGACCAGGACUCGCUACACACAAUAAAAGGUUCGUGCCGUCCAGCCGACGAUUACGGAAGACUACUCUAUGGGUCCCUCCACUUUUAUACACAAUUCUCACAUUGCCGCAAAACAAAUCUCUCUCUCCGCUCUACCCAUUCUUCUCACUGAAAAAAACAUUGUUCUCUUCUCCCAUGGCGUCCACACGUGAGGGUCAUUAUAGAGGAGUCAGAAAGCGCCCAUGGGGUCGUUAUGCAGCUGAGAUUCGUGACCCUUGGAAGAAAACCCGGGUUUGGUUGGGCACUUUUGACACUCCGGAGGAGGCUGCACUAGCCUACGACGGCGCCGCCAGGUCCCUGCGCGGUGCCAAGGCUAAAACCAACUUUCCCUCUCCACCCGUACCAGGACUUUCUUUAAACAUCAACGUCCCGACCGAAAACCGGUGUGUCUCACCGUCCGGCCGGCUCAUGAUGAACGACUUUCUCAGCACUGGGGUGAAUGCGGUCAACGAUGUGAGCUUCAGGGCCAGUGAUCACAGCACGCCAGAAGUAGGCGGCCCUUCUGGAACUCCGGUGGAGGAAUCCGGCUCCGGCGAUGGCGAAGCGAGAUAUUUUGGUAUAGUAAGACGUGGGUUGCCCAUAGACUUGAACGAGCCUCCACCUUUGUGGAUGUAAGCAUUUUCGAAACGGCAUGGUUGUCAGACUAAAGAGAGUUUUGCUUAACAAAAUUUGUAUGAUCUAAGGAACUAAUAUUAGCAUUUGUACAUAUAUGUUUUUCGAGCUUUAUCAUGAUUAUGUAUUGAAACUUGAAACAGCUGAGUUCUUUAUUAUGUUUAUGACUGUAUGUGUUAAAAGGAAGUGGAUCAUGUAGAUUAUUGUGGAUAAAGUGCUGAUCCAAGGGGGUUGAGCCUGUUUUUUCUUGUGUUUGUGCAACAGAGAUAUCCGAUUUAUUCGGACGGAGGGAGUAAUGUGGUUCACGUGGGAGGCGAUUCACUUCUUUGGAAUAA